CCCUACAGAGGGUGCGAGUAGCAGAUAUUUUUAAUGCCAAGAACACCGUUCAUAACCUUAUUUACGAAUCUAUCGUUACAAUUCGGAGAGUGUAUUCCAGAAUAUUUGAUGAAUUUUUCAAUAAUAACAUUAUAAUUAAACAUCGUAAUAUAAUAACCUAAUAAAUCUUAUAACAUUGUUGUCAAUUUUGAAUCGUAAGAAAUAAUUAAUAAUAUUGAAGAAACAUGACAGAAAACUUUGAAAGGGAUCUUCCAACAAUGUAUACAAAUGAAGAACCAAAAACAGCUGGUCAACCACUCUCAGAUUUUCUUUUACAACUAGAAGAUUAUACACCAACGGUGCCCGAUGCUAUUAGCGAACAUUACUUGCAUACUGCUGGUUUUAAUACAACCGAUCCAAGAAUAGUACGUUUAGUAUCCUUAGCAGCUCAGAAAUUCAUUUCUGAAAUUGCUAAUGAUGCCCUUCAACACUGCAAAACACGUGGUGCUAAUCAAAAUACAAAAACAAAAGGAAAGGAUCGUCGUUAUAUGCUUACUAUGGAAGAUUUGACGCCCGCUGUUGCUGAAUAUGGCAUUAUAGUUAAGAAACCACAUUACUUCGUUUAAAAAAAUAUAUAUUCUUUAUUAUAAAAUGGUCUUUUGCUAAAUUUUUUGAAAUCUAAUGUAUAGUUUUACGAGUACACAUAUGGACAUCAAAUUCUCAUUACUUGAUACAUGUAUAUAGUUUAUAUUAGAUUGUAUACAUUACAUCAAAAACUAUAUAUAAUUUUGUUUAAAUUAAAAAUUGAUAUAUGUCAUACAUGAAGGAGAUAAAUGUAUUAAUAAUUUAUAUCAGUAUAUUAUAUCUUUUCAUAGUAUAUUCAAAUUAUUAUAUCAUAUUUACAAGAUGAGUCGAAGGUAUAAUGCAGAAUAUAAAUGUAAAUAAGAAAAUAUAUGUAUAUAUAUAUAUAUAUAUAUAUAUAUAUAUAUAUAUAUGUGUGUGUAUAUGUAUAUAUGUAUACACAUAUAUAUAAGAAAAUAAAUACGUCUUUGUAAUAAAUGAAAACAAUUAACGAAUAAACACAUAUGCACACAAUGUAUGCAUAUAUGCACAUGUGGCAGUUCUAUAUCAUCCAGAGGUCACUUUUUGAAUUGUUACAAAAUUUUUAUUUUCAUACAUCCACUACUCUCAAAAGAAAGAAAAAACAGCAUUUUACGGCACAAUUCUUUUCGAAGAAAUUAUGUAUAUAAUUUUUAUAAUAAAUGUAAAUAAUUUCAAAAGAGAUAUAAUAAGGAAUCAAGUAAAUAAUAAAAUAAUCUAUCUAAAAUAAUAUUGGAUUAUUCUUAUAAUAAAUCAGCAAUCAAUUGUGAACAUAAAAUACCAAAAGCAUUUUAUAUUUAAAUAAGAAGCGAACUUUAUAUAAAAAAUCAGCAGCUAAUGUGAACAUAAGCAAUUUACAACUUUAUAACUAUCUAAAAGUAAUAAAUGAUUUUUCAUUAAA